AUGCAAAAACUGAGGUCUAAACGUGCAUUGCUGAAGGGAGCUGUUACACGCAUUUGCACGUUUGUGAAUAGCAAUGGCAUCGAUCAACCCAUUGAAGAUUGGGAGUGUCGCUUGGAACGUCUGGAGGAGAUUUGGGUGAAAUACAAGGACAUUGUUCGGGUAAUGAUCGAGAAGAGCGACGACGAGGAAGGGAUGCAUGUUGAGAUCAAGGCAGACUGGGAAGAAUUUGAAGAGCGAAUGCUCUGCAUAAAAAGCAAACUACGUCAAUCGUCGAUUAAUUUGCGUAAGAUAUACGAUGGCGCAGAUGAGGUUUUGCGUGGAUUACGCGCCUUAGGAGAGGAGGCAGAGAAACGCGAUAUCUGGCUUAUACAUCUUUUACUAGCCAAGCUUGAUCCAGCUACUACUAGAGAGUGGACUAAAUUACAUAAAUAUAAUAUUGAUUUUCCUACCAUUAAUGAGUUCCUUAGUUUUCUAGAUACCACAUGUCUCGCCUUGGAGUCUGCUGUACUGACAACAACAUCACCUACUCGCCAACGCAUAGUCUCAGUGAAGGCUCAUCAAACAACAGUAACCAGGUCAAUGCCUUGUGCGAAGUGCAAUGAUACUCACGAGUUAUCUCAGUGCAGCGCGUUUUCUAGAUUGGAUGUUAAGGAACGACGGGACCUUGUGGCCAGUGAACGUAUUUGCUUCAACUGCCUAAGAGUGGGACACAUAUCAGCCAAUUGCCGCUCUAAAUUCUCUUGCCGCAUCUGUCGCAAACGUCAUCAUAGUCUCCUUCAUCAAGACACUACUGAGGCAUUACUACAACGAGAUCGUGAUGAGCAAGCGGUGACCGUCAACUUCAACGCAUUGCCAGAAAUCAACACACUCCUUCCUACAGCGGUGUGUGAGGUUACUGAUUGCUAUGGUGAACAACAGCAGUGUCGCAUGUUAUUAGACAGCGGCUCGGAAAAAACAAUAAUCUCCGAAAAUUGCGUGCAGCGUUUGGGUUUACGUCGUCAGCACUCAAGAAUACCAAUACAUGGUUUGAACAACAUAGCUACAGGUGUUUCCCAUGGCUGGGUCUCCCUUCAUAUAACCUCCAUGGUGGAUGGUGAAUCGUUCAAUGUCGAAGCUCUGAUUAUGCCAACAAUUUCUUCAUCCGUCCCGGUGCAACGUCUUGAUAAAGCACAAUACUCAUCAUUUCUAUCACUUGAUCUGGCUGAUCCGACAUUUUAUAUUCCUUCGCCCAUUGAUAUUCUUUUAGGGAGCGAAAAAUUCUUUGAAAUUUUGAAGGGUGAGAAGAUCAACGACAAAAGCCCAAAUUUGAAAGCAUUCUCGACAACACUUGGGUGGAUAGUGGGCGGAGACCUUACUUGCCGUGUAAAUAAAAGAAGCGCAGGCGUAUUCUUCAACAAUUUCGAUAUCGAUAAAGCACUUUCACAGUUUUGGGAAACAGAGGAAAUUCAAUGUAUACUACCGUAUACAGAGGAAGAGGACAAAGCAGAAAAAUCAUUUUUAAAUACACAUACGAGGGCUGAUGGUGGUAAAUUCAUUGUUGAGCUACCAUUCAAAUCAAAAUCGAACAACUUUGGCAAGUCCGCCGAACUAGCACUAAAGCGACUAAAUGCAACAGAAAGAAGACUUGCAGGUAAUUCCAAAUUGAAAGAACAAUAUACCAACUUCAUGGCAGAAUAUCUUGCAUUGCAACAUAUGGAGCGAGUGCCGGAAGCCGAAAUCAAAAAGCCAUCGACCGAAUGUUGCUACUUACCACAUCACCCUGUAAUCAAAGCCGAGAGUACAACAACAAAGCUUCGCGUAGUGUUUGAUGGGUCUGCAAGCAUGGGUAAUCAUUCGUCACUUAAUGAAGCUUUGCUUCCUGGACCAUCGCUUUUGCGUGAGUUAUUUUCCGUUAUUUUGAGAUUUCGUAGACAUCGAUUUAUUAUGUCUGGUGAUGUAGAGAAAAUGUAUCAUAUGAUUUGGGUGCAUGACUACCACAGAGAUUUUCAACGUAUUUUAUGGCGUAAUGCUCCUAAUCAGCCAGUCGAACAUUACAGAUUGAAGACAGUGACGUAUGGCACAACAUGUGCACCUUACUUGGCAGUAAGAGUCUUAAUUGAACUUGCUCGUACAUCAAUCGCCGCUUACCCAUUAGCGUCACAGGUAAUUUUAAAGGAUUUUUAUAUGGAUGUCGUGAUGACUGGGGCAGAAACUGUAGCUGAACUUUUUAAAAUACAUAAUGAAUUAAUAGCUCUUUUGAAAACUGCUGGAAUGAAUCUACGAAAGUGGAGUAGCAACUGCUUUGAACUAAUACAAUCGCUUCCAGAAAAUAUGCGCGAAAUGUCUCCAAUGUCAUUUGAGCCCGCGAAACCGUUGAAGCUGCUAGGAUUGAAAUGGAAUCCAACUAACGAUGUAUUUGAGUUCUGCGUAUCACCCUCUACAACAGCUAGGGUAACAAAACAAUCAAUAUUAUCUGAUGCUGCUCGUAUAUUCGACCCCCUCGGGUUUUUGACCCCCACAACGGUUCUGAUAAAAAUGCUUUUUCAAGAAUUGUGGUUAAUCAAACUGGAAUGGACAGAUGAGGUACCCGCGGAAAUAGCUACUCGUUGGAUUAAUCUGAGGAGCACACUUGAACUGCUGAACACACUAAAAAUUGCCAGAAGGGCGAUAUUUAAACUUGGUCACAAUGAACUCCACGGUUUCUGCGACGCGUCGCAAAAUGCAUAUGCAGCAGUUGUAUAUUGUCGAUCAGAUUACAAUGGUAGCAUCUCCACGCAGCUCGUUGCUUCGAAAAGCCGCGUAGCUCCCCUUAAAACGGUGUCAUUACCACGACUUGAGCUAUGUGGCGCCGUACUUCUUUGCCGACUAAUGAACGAAGUUAAAAAGGCAUUUGAGUUCGACAGUACUAAUAUCUAUAUGUGGACAGACUCCUCAAUUGUUUUACAUUGGCUUUCAGCCUUCCCAAGGCGGUGGUCAGUGUACGUGGCAAACAGAACAUCUGAAAUUUUAACAUCUUACACAAGAUCUCAGUGGAAUCAUGUUAGGUCUGCAGACAAUCCAGCGGAUCCUGGGUCACGAGAGGUCUUGCCUUUAGAGUUGAAAUCCUUCACUAUCUGGUGGAACGGUCCAAGUUGGCUUGCUAAGGCAAAACAGUUUUGGCCGCAAACACAUUCGCUAGUGAAUAUACCUCAAUACAACUUGGAAGAGCGUAAGAAUAAAAUUCAACGUAUUACUAAACUUUUUCUUAUAUCAACAGAACAUCAUGUCGUCCUUGGCUCCUUGUUACAACACAUGUCUAUCUGGUCUCGAUUGGUGCGUGCCGCAGCCUAUUGCUUGAGAUUCAUAGGUUCCUUACGGAAACAAAAAUUUAGCUCAUUUAUGAGUUCCAAUGAAUUGCAAGAUGCUACUAACUUUAUAAUUCGUGCUGUGCAAGAGGAGUUGUUUGCAGCUGAAAUUUCUGCGUUAAAAGAUCACAGAGCAGUCGCAAGUAAAAGUAAGCUUUCAAGCCUCACACCAUUUUUAGACAGCGCUGGAGUACUGAGAGUGGGAGGUCGUAUAGGAAACUCAUUAGCGACAUUCAGCAUUAAACAUCCCGUAAUAUUAUCAGCGAAGCAUAUAGUCACCGAAAUGAUUGUUAAAUAUAUGCACUUAACGCAUCUACAUGUCGGCGUGAAUCACUUGAUUUUUAUAAUAAGGCAGCAGUAUUGGAUUCUGGGUGCACGCAACAUCGCACGACGUAUUGUGCAUGAUUGUAUUACCUGCUUCAAGUUACGAAAAACUAAGCAACAUCAAUUGAUGGCUGACUUACCCAUGGAGCGAGUACGGUUUCAGAAGGCUUUCAGUAAAGUGGGUUGUGAUUAUGCAGAACCUUUUCUUCUUAAAGUAGAGAUUGGCAAGAUACCUCGACGGGUAAAGGGCUACAUUGCGUUGUUCGUUUGCUUCAUAACAAAGGCUAUUCAUCUAGAGUUAGUCGGAGACUUAACGACCCAAUCAUACAUCGGCGCUUUAGAUCGAUUUAUAUCACGCCGUGGCAAACCGAUGGAGAUAUGGUCAGAUAAUGCCACUAACUUUUUGGGAGCGAAGCGGAGCCUCGACGAAAUCCACUAUAUCGUGAGCAAACAGAAUAACAGUUCCGACAUAGCUGAUUAUUUUGCGCGCAAUAAUAUUUCUUGGCAUUUUAUACCACCAUCCUCACCCCAUUUCGGUGGCCUCUGA